UCCAGGAGGUGCCAGCUGGAGCUGUGGUUAAUCAUCAACCCAGCGCCACAGGAAGUGAGCGGCCAUGCGUGGCAGCCCCAGCCCCGGGGCCUCCGGAGCUCUGGGCAGGUCCUUUCGGUAGACGGGUCAUCCGGAUUGAGAGGAGGGGAAGGACCCAGCCACAGCCAGGACACCCCAAUCCACACGCCCUGAGCAGCCCCCCCAAAACAGCAUCACAACGAGGGCAGAACGCGGCGGAGGGGGUUCACAUGGAUAGACUACUAACAAAAUGCACCUGGAAGGAUGAGUUCUGGCAGAACCCCUGGGACCAGGGGGGCCUGGUAGUGAUCUGCUUGUUCAUCAUUACGGUCCUGUUUCUCAUCUUGUUUGCUAUUGUGUUUGGUUUACUCCCCCCACUCAAUAGGGUCAACCAGUGUGAAGAGUCGUGACCUGACUUUCUGUGGGCCAAGAAGGGGGCCACUGUUAUACACUCUCAAAACACCAUGAACCUUUUCUCCAAAGCCCUUUUAACAGUCUGGAAUUAUACAUUUUUCAUGUGAUUAUCUGAUAAGUGCCUGUCUUCCCCACGGGUCCAGGCAACAAAAAGCAGGGGCUGGGUCUCUUUCUGUCCCCCACUGUACCCCCUUUUCUGAUGUGCCCUCGCACAGAGUCAGUAUCAAUCAAUAUUAGCUGGUUGAAUAAAUGAAUGAAUGAACAAACGAGCAAAUGAAUGGAUAAACAGAGGGAUGCUGGGCCGUUGGCUCCCCCAGCCUGGGGACCCCAGGAGAUGACAGAGCCCGGUACAAUCUAGGCCUAAACCAAAGCUGUUUUUCCCAUCUCAGACAGGGUCCAGAGGCCUCUAGGCUGGAGGAAGGUUGCUUUGAACCUAAUUACUGUUCCUUUUUACACGCAAAGGUAAAUUUGGCCCUGUCAUAAAUAAUCAAAUGCAUUUCAUGGCCACGCUCAGAGGAAGUAGCUGCACACAAUGAAGAGAGGAAGCCAUCUGGACACCCCACGCUGGCCUCAUUCAUGUGACCCAACAGUCUCUUCUCUUGGUCCCAGAGAUGCCCAGGUAUCCCUCACAGGGUCCCCCAGCCCCCAUGCACCCCAGACCCUACAACGCAGCCCUUGUAGAAAUGUCCCCGCGUCUGCCAAAGCCACCAAGCAGGCCUGUCCCUCGCUGCCAAGUGCCCUCCCUUUGCAAACAGCUGCUUCAACGUCAACCUCAAACCAGGCUAUUCUUAGAAAAAGGGCAAGUAUCUGGUGAGGAAGGGGCUUUGCCUUCGUGCUAUGUACCAUUCAUGCAAUGAAGAAACAUUCGUUUUUACUCAAAGAGCAAUUUCAAAUCCAGCCACACCAGCCACGUUCACUCUGUCCCAGGGCCUGGAA